AUGGAAAUAAUGCAUUCGCAGGUCAGUAAAUCAUGGCGCAUGUAUGCCGGAAAUGCUUCUCAGAGGUUAGCUUGCUUCGUUGAGGCCAUCUCUUCCCGGGACAAGAGCGGAGCGCUCGAAUUCCUCUCUCGGGGACAAUCUCUCUCCAAAGAAGCAGCUAAGCUUCUUCAAAGCAUCAGUAAUAAUCUGGAAACCAUGGUGUGGGAGAGACCACAUAUCAAAUUUCUGAAACCAAAUUAUCUGGACUCAGGUGAAAGGUUGCAAGAAAUUGAGGUUCCACUGAGGGGGAUCGAAAUAGCUUUAUCUAGUUGCUCUUCACAUCCUGUAAACCUAAUUGAUGAAGACCUAAGACGCAAUUUACAAAGUUCAGAAGUAGAGGUUAGCCUAAGGCUUCUGCAAGCUAAGUACUCUUUGCCUUCCGAUGCAACAUUGGCUCCGAAGUCAUACAGAGAAAUCUUCGACAAGCCACUUUGGGCCGGAAAACCCACCACCAAUAACCGUGAGAAUCUUCCGGCUUUUUUCCUCUUGUACUGCAUGGAACUCCUCCUAGAAAACCAACCCAUUGCCUGGAAUCCUCUAAACACUAGGAAACCUAACCAACAACCCAGUGAUUCGCAAAAUCAACGGCGGUGGAACUUCAAAACUGUUUGGAGAAACAUAAUCCCAAGUACCAGGAGUAUAAUUUUUGCUCUCAAGUGCUCACUUGCAUUAGGCCUUGCUGUGUUAUUCGGCUUGUUGUAUAACAAGGAAAACGGGUACUGGUCAGGCCUCGCCAUUGCCUUCAGCUUUGUAACAGGACGGCAAGCAACAUUCACAGUUACAAAUGCUCGAGUUCAAGGAAUGGCACUGGGAUCGAUCUAUGGAAUCAUAUGGUUAUUUAUUUUCCAAAGACUUGAGAAAUUCAAGCUCUUACCACUCAUACCUUGGAUCUUUUUCUGCCAUUUUCUUAGGCAUAGCAGGAUGUAUGGCCAAGCUGGUGGGAUCUCGGCAGCCAUUGCAGCAUUACUUAUCUUGGGUAGGGAAAACCAUGGUCCUCCAAGUGAAUUUGCAUUUGCAAGAAUGAUAGAGGCAUCCAUUGGACUACUUUGUUUCCUUUUAGUAGAGAUUGUCUUUUAUCCGAUGAGAGCAGCGACCCUAGCGAAAAAUAAGCUCUCGCAAAGCAUGGAGGCGCUUCGAGAUUGUAUAGGAGGAGUAAGGGCUUGUUUGGUUGUGCUUUUGAAAGAGUCAAAAGCGCUUCCUAAUGAGUAA